AGGUGAUCAUGCAGGCGACCGAUCCGCGUGGGGACGGGUCGUCGUUCAUCCUGGGCAUGCGUGUCCCGACGAAAUACGCGUAUUGGGUGGAAUUGCUCGUUAUUCAAGUCAUUGCUCCCCAGUCUUCGCUCCUCGGCCAUCUCUGCGGCAUCCUCGUCGGCCUUGCGUACGCGCGCGUGCUCAAGUCUGACCUCCCACGCCAGCUCCGCACUGGCCGAAACGGCCACCGUCCCCAAUCGUUCUGGGACCGCCCCGGUGACCGCCCAGACAGAUUCACACGCGUGGCGUCUGCAACUGGGCACAGGGGAGAACAACAAGACGCUCAACAGCAGCAACAGCAGCAACAGCAGCAACAGCAGCAACAGCAGCAGCAGCAGCAACAGCAGCAACAGCAGCCGACGCAACCCCCGGCAUACUCCCGAUUCACACGCGUGUCAGCUGCGACGGGCUACAGGGAUGACGAACGGGUGACGCGUGAUGCGAAAAGGGCAACAGAACAACAACAGCAGCAGACACAGCAUCAGACACAGCAGCAGCAGGGGCGAGACCGUGGCGCAGCAGCUGCUGCUGAUGCUGCAGCAGCUGAUGCGACGGAUGGGGUUGCAAGCAACGCUUCAUCUGCACAGGGGCUGAGGCGAAGGAGGAUGCAAUACUACCAGCAGAAGCAGACCAAUAUAUCAUGACACGAUGUGCCCGCCUGCCUGCCUGCAUGCCUGCCUCACAUGAUGGUGCUCUUGCCUUGUUACACUGUCGCUUUGACGGCGCCGCUGGCUUGCUGCUUUGGGGGUCCCGCCACAAUACAUGGGUGAUGAGGA